CUUCCCUCUUUACCGCAAGCUUCCUCCUCUCCCCCGUCCUGGAGCCGCUCUAUGAAUUCUGUUAUCCUGUCGGCACUCGCAGAACCGCACGGGGGUGAUUGGCAGUGCUGGGCUGCUUAAUGGACUGAAAAGGAAACUUCACAAAUGGAUUUGAACAAUGAAAGGAAGAUCUUGGAAUGUAGGCAAGUCUGAAAUAGAGGCCGCGUUCUAGAUGAUAUCUCUGCGCUCCAGAAGACAUUGGAUUUCUUAGUCCCAAGCCUGUUAUUUGGUAUCAUGGUCGGUUUUUAGACGGCGUGAAUAGAACGCCGUGUUUCACCGUGAUCGCAAUCUACCUCCUGCCAGCAUGAAGUGGCUCUGCAAGCUCGGCGAGUCCGAGAAGUUCUGGGAUAUAAACCAGACUUGGCACACAGAGAACCCGGACUUCUCCUGGUGCUUCCAUCAUACCAUUCUGUACUGGAUACCCUGUUUUUACCUAUUUGCCUGUUCGCCAUUUUACAUCUUCUAUCUAAGACGCCAUGGCCGAGGCUACAUUCGAUUGUCUCUGCUGACCAAAGCAAAAACUUGUCUUUCUGCUUUGCUGGCACUUGUCUGCUAUACAGAACUUUUCUACACCGUGUGGAACAUGACGCAUGGUAUUGCUGAGCCUCCGGUUCUCCUCAUUAGCCCGCUUAUAGUAGGAGCUACCAUGAUUCUAGCCACAUGUCUCAUCCAAUAUGAGAGGAUACGAGGCGUCCGCUCCUCCGCUCUCCUGCUGAUAUUCUGGAUGUUUGCUGUAAUAUGUGCUGUCUUCCAGCUGAGAACCAAAAUCACAGUAGCCCUUUCCCAGGAAGCAGAGAUUAACUGGCUGCGCUACACACUAUUCAUGUUGUACUUCUUACUGGUGCUGUUCCAGUGCAUUCUGUCUUUCUUCAAUGAUCGACCUCCAUUUUUCACCAGUGUAAAAAAUGACAUGAACCCGUGCCCUGUGUCAAGUGCUUCUUUUCUUUCCCAAGUUACUUUCAGCUGGUUUACAGAAAUAAUGUUCAGGGGUUAUAAACAACCAUUAAAAGGAAAUGAUAUUUGGUCCCUGAGAAAAUCAGAUACAGCUGAAGACAUUUUAUUAAAAUUCUCAGGAGAGAUCCAGAAGGAAUGGCUUAAGACCAAACCGUUAGUGGUCCACACAAAGUUCUCUAAUGCCAAGGAUGAGAACGAUGUUCAAGUUUUUCAAGAGGAUCCUGACGAGACUGAGAUUCUCUUGAAAAAUCCCAGCAUGCAGAUGAAUAACCGGUCACUUCUGAAGAUCAUCAUUAAGUCUUUUGGAUACCACUACCUGUUUAGCGCUCUGCUAAUGAUUCUGUACACUACAUUCCUCUUCAUCAGUCCUGAACUUAUGAGGCUACUCUUGGAUCGUUUGCAGAAUUCUGUGGCACCAACUUGGCAAAGCUUUUUGAUUGCUGUCCUCCUGCUGAUUUGCCCUUGUUUUCAGUCCCUCUUCCUUCACCAACAUGACUAUCAGUGCUAUGUCAUUGGAAUGAGACUCCGAUCAGCAAUAGUGGGCAGUGUCUACAAGAAGGCCUUAGUCAUUUCCAAUGCUGGACGAAAAAAUUCCUCGGCUGGUGAAAUUGUGAACCUGAUCUCCACAGAUGUGCAGAAGCUCAUGGACUUGGCCACGUGCUUAAACUAUGUCUGGUCGGCACCAAUUACAAUAAUUUUUGCUAUGUAUUUCCUGUGGCAGACGCUCGGUGUCGCUGUAUUUGUAGGAGUCGCAGUAUUUAUUUUAAACCUGCCGUUUAUGACUGUGUUUGCAGUAUUGAUCAAAAGACUACAGGAGGAGCAGAUGAAGCAGAAGGAUGGUCGUAUAAAGCUCAUCUCUGAGAUUCUGCAAGGGAUAAAGGUGCUGAAGCUCUACGCCUGGGAGAAUGCUUUCAGGAAGAAAGUUGAAAGCUUUAGGCUGAUGGAGCUAAAAGCAGUGAAAAAGAUUGCACUGUUGCUUUCCGGAGCACUCGCGCUGUUUGUGGCUUCCCCUUUUUGGGUUUCCCUCGGCAUGUUCGGUGUUUUCUUAGCACUUGAUGAGACAAACAUUCUGGAUGCUCAAAAGGCUUUUGUCACCGUCAUGUUACUUAAUAUUCUCAGGAUCCCACUUCGUAUGUUCCCAAUGGCCAUUACUUUGACCGUACAGUCGGCCGUAUCUCUGAGACGCUUGUCAAAAUUUUUCUCAGAAGAGGAACUGGAGCCCAGCAAUGUGGAGACAUUAGACUCUACUAGCAGGAAUGACAUUGUUGUAAGCGAUGGCACUUUUACCUGGUGCAGGACAGAUGAGCCUUGCCUUAGAAGCAUUCAUCUCUCCAUCCAGAAAGGCUCCUUGGUGGCUGUUGUUGGCCAGGUCGGUUGCGGAAAAUCCUCCCUUCUUUCUGCACUACUUGGAGAAAUGGAGAAAGUCGAGGGGAAAGUCGCUCUUAAGGGCUCCAUAGCUUAUGUCCCACAGCAAACCUGGAUUGCAAAUGCCACGUUUAAAGAGAAUGUGCUUUUUGGAAGAACAUUAGAAAAAGACUGGUAUAAUAAUGUAAUUCAGGCUUGUGCACUACUGCCUGACCUAAAGAUUCUUUCUGGGGGAGAGGACACAGAAAUUGGUGAAAAAGGAAUAAACUUGUCUGGAGGACAGAAGCAACGAGUAAGCAUUGCCCGAGCAGUAUACAGGAAUUUUGAUGUCUAUUUGCUGGAUGAUCCUCUAUCUGCAGUUGAUGCCCACGUGGGACAACAUUUAUUUGAACGUGUUAUUGGACCCAAUGGUUUACUUAAAGGAAAAACGCGCGUCCUUGUCACUCAUGGAGUAAGUUUCCUUCCACAAGUGGACAUGAUCAUAGUGAUGUCCGACGGCAGGAUCUCUGAAGUUGGCACUUAUACUGAACUUUUGGAAAAGAAUGGCGCUUUUGCAGAUUUCCUUCAAACCUAUGCCCUGACAGCAGAACAGAACGACGAGUCGCAGACAGAAACAGGCAAAGCGGAGAGCAGUAAAGAAAAAGCCGGAGAAAUCGAGAAGGCAGACAAUGGAGUAAGGAAGAAAAUGGCUUCUGAGGCAGAUAUGGAAACUGCAGAGGGAGAUGCAGAUGCUGGGAAGCUCACAGAGGCGGAUGUUGCUCUCACUGGCAGGGUCAAAUUAUCGGUGUAUUUGGAGUACUGCAGGAUCAUGGGAAAGUGGUAUCUGCUGAUGUGUGCUGUAUUCUUCAUCAUCCAACAAUUGUCUGCUUUGGGACAUAAUUACUGGAUCGGUUUAUGGGCCGACGACCCCAUUGUCAAUGGCACACAACAGAACACCAGCAUGCGGUUAACAGUAUACAGCAUUUUAGGCGUUGUGCAAGGUGUAUGUAUUUUUAUCGCAUCUGCCACCAUUAUUGUUGGAGGUGUGUCAGUGUCCCGCCAGCUCCACUUUCAACUCCUGUACAGCAUCCUGAGGAGCCCGCUGAGCUUUUUUGAACGAACGCCCAGUGGAAACCUGACCAAUCGUUUUGCCAAAGAGAUGGAUACUAUAGACAAUACCAUUCCUCAGAUGUUAAUGAUGUUUAUAAUAAUGACCUUGACUAUAUUAGAGAUACUACUCGUUAUCGCAAUCGCUACACCUCUUGCUGCUGUGGCCUUCGUACCAUUGGGAUUACUCUACUUCUUCUUACAGAGAUUUUAUGUCGCCAGUUCUCGGCAGCUGAAACGCCUGGACGCAGUCAGUAAAUCACCUCUGUACACUCACUUCAAUGAAACGCUGCAAGGAGUAAAUGUCAUACGAGCUUUCAGAGAACAGGAUCGGUUUAUUCAAGACGGCAAUCUCCGUCUGAACACCAACCAUCGCUUCUAUUUCUCCAGCUUUGUUGCCAACAGGUGGCUGAGUGUGCGCUGUGAUCUCCUCAGUAACUUCAUAGUCUUCACAGUUGCUAUUGUGGGUGUACUAUUCAGGGAAAGCAUUUCUCCUGGACUAGUUGGUCUUGCUAUAGUGAAUUCUCUUCGGUUGACAGGUGUUUUAAAAGAGGCGGUGCACACCGUUACUGACAUGGAAACAAACUCAGUUUCUGUGGAGAGAGUGAAGGAGUAUUGUGAUGUCGAGCCUGAGGCCCCAUGGACCUCAGAAGAUGAUUCAGCACUAGCCGAGUGGCCCCAUGCUGGUAGAAUAGAAUUUCAGAAUUAUGGCCUGAGGUAUAGAAAAGACUUAGAACUGGCUUUAAAGAAAGUCACUGCAUCUAUUCAACCUGGAGAGAAGAUUGGCAUCGUAGGAAGAACUGGAGCUGGUAAAUCAUCUCUUACCUUGGGUUUGUUCAGAAUUCUGGAGCCUGCAACCGGGUCAAUUCACAUAGAUGGAGCAGAUAUAGCAAAACUAGGCCUUCAUGAGCUGAGAUCUAAGAUAACCAUCAUCCCGCAGGAUCCAGUUUUAUUUUUUGGGUCACUGAGAAUGAACCUUGAUCCAUUUGAUAAUUAUUCAGAUGAGGAGAUUUGGACUGCCCUAGAACUGGCUCACUUGAAAAGUUUUGCUUCAACCUUACCUGAUGGCCUUAAUCACACGUGUUCUGAAGGAGGAGAAAAUCUGAGUGUUGGUCAGCGUCAGCUGGUGUGUCUGGCAAGAGCCCUUCUGCGGAAGACAAAAAUCUUGGUGCUAGAUGAAGCCACUGCCGCCGUGGACCUGGAGACUGAUGACCUUAUACAGUCCACCAUUAGAAAAGAAUUUGAGGGUUGUACAGUAAUAACUAUCGCACACCGACUCAAUACAAUUAUGGAUUAUACACGGAUAGUUGUCUUUGACAAAGGUGAAAUUGUAGAAUUUGACACUCCAUCAACAUUACUGGAAAACAAGGGACAAUUUUAUUCCAUGGCCAAAGAUGCAAAUAUCAUUUAACUGUCAGCAAAGAACAUGCAGAAAGCAGCGCAAUGUCUCCUAUGUCCACUAGAGGGCGCUGUAGGAUGAGCCUAGAAAUGGAAUGUACCAAGUCUCAGUGCCUUAGUAUUACAGAUGUGAAGGAUUUAUUACAGCGCAUGAAGGAAAGCACGGAAAAUGUUGCACAAGGAAAACACUCAUGUAUACAAUUGCAUCUCAAUAAAUUAGUAUAUCAU